UUAAUCAAUCUUGUAUCAGUAUUCAUCCCUCUCUCUCUAAUUUAAAAAUCUCUUGCGAAAUCUUGAACAAUUUUAUUCAGAAACAAUGGCACUGAGGUCUCUUGAUAAUGCGCUGCCAAUCGCUGCCGAGAGGCCUAGAAAGGCAGCGAAGAUCGCAAUCUCAGAUCAGAAGGGGAAGCAGCAGCCCGAUCAUGUCGUCAACGAUGAAAAUCAAGUUCCCGUGCCGGUGCCAAUAUCGACGGAUGUAUCCAUCGAUUACAUUUCCUCUGAAAAUCUCAAGCCCUUUGAGGACCCUAAUUCCAAAAUUCAGGGUUUGGUUGGAGGGUUGGAGUCGAAGGAUUGGUUGAAGGUGUGUGAAUCACUGAAUGAUGUGAGACGAUUCGCGCUCUAUCACUCUGCUCUAUUGCAGCCAAUUCUGGAAAAAGUGGUGCUGGUGAUGGUGAAAGCAAUCAAGAAUCCAAGAAGUGCACUGUGCAAGACUUCAAUCAUGGCUGCUUCUGAUGUUUUCAAUGCUUUUGGUGAAACCCUACUUGAAUCUGCUUCUGAUGCUUUCAGCCAAUUGUUGUUGCAGCUACUACUAAAAGCCUCACAGGACAAGAAAUUUGUGUGUGAAGAAGCAGACAAGGCACUAUUGGCAAUGACAAAGUCCAUGGCUCCUCUCUCUCUCCUCCAUAAGCUCAGUUCAUACGUCGGGCACAUGAACCUCCGAGUCAGAGCAAAGGCUGCGGUUUCAAUCUCCAACUGCAUCUCAAACAUGGAUCUGAAAAGCAUGGAGGAGUUUGGCUUAGCGGCAUUGAUUCAGGUGGCGUCGAAGCUGUUGAAUGACAAGCUCCCCGAGGCAAGAGAAGCAGCUAGAGGAAUUGUGGUAUCACUCUAUGGUGCAAUGACAGAAGGUGAAGAAGAGAAGCAGGAGUUUUGGCAAAGCUUUUGCCAGUCUAAUCUGCCAGCUAUUCAUGCACAAGCUAUGAUCAAACUUGUUUCUUCUUAAUUGUUUGGUUUUUAGCAGUUUCGAGUUUUUGUUUCGCUGUUAUUGGGGUACUUUGAUUGCUUUCAUGUAAAGAUCACAUUUACAUGAAUUUAUAAUAAUGCUAUUAUUUGAUUCCAA